GUGUUUGUAGGGGGAAUUUGUUGAUAGAUAGAACGAGAAAAACAGUCGCUGCAAAACAACAAAGAACGACGCAAACCAAGCGAAUUUAAAUUUAAGUAAUCAAGUCAAAUCAAUUCGCGUUACUUAUCUGCCAUCGUCGAUCAAGAUCUUGUGUACAAACAGCGAAACACUGCACCUGUAUACAGCAGAAAUAAAAAUCAUCUAAAGGCCAGUGAAAGUAUAACGAGAUAAAAAGAUACAAUCAGGAAAACUUCAGUAGCAAUGACCACAUAUCAAAUGAACUUCAACCAGGACUUUACUUCCCUGUCUGUGCUGAGUCCCACGGGUCUACGCCUGUUCUCAAUUACUAGCCAGGACAAGGUGGAGGAGAUAUUCGCCAAGGACAACACGGAGCAAAUCCGAAUCGUAGAGCGCUUGUUCAACAGCUCGCUGGUAGUGCUGGUCACCGCCCAGAAGCCCAACUGCCUCAAGAUGCUUCAUUUUAAGAAGAAGCAGGACAUCUGCAACUGCUUCUACCCGUCUGAGAUCCUGUGCGUCCGCAUGAACCGGCAACGCCUGAUCGUCUGCCUGGCGGAGAGCAUACACAUCCACGACAUCCGCGACAUGAAGAUCCUACACUCCAUUGAAAACAUCGCGCCCAACGAGCAGGGUCUGUGCGCCCUCUCUCUCAACUCGCACCUGGCCUUCCCGGUCUGCCAAACGAGCGGCGAGCUGCGCAUCUUCAACGCCAGCAAGCUGCGCACGGGCAUGACUAUCAGGGCCCACGACACGUCCCUCUCAGCUCUGGCUUUCUCGCCCAGCGGUGCCCUGCUGGCCACCGCCUCCGAGCGCGGGACCGUCAUCCGGGUCUUUUGUGUGAAGAACGGACAACGGGUGCAGGAAUUCCGGAGAGGCGUCAGCUGCGUCCGCAUAGCCUCACUGGUCUUCUCGGGCAGUGGGGACUUUCUCUGCGCCUCCUCUAACACGGAGACCGUCCACGUUUUCAAGAUAGAUGCGCGGGCAGUGGAGACGGUUGAGCUGAAAGCGAUAGCCGAUGUGGCUGCCAAGUCUGAAAAUUCUGCCAAGGAAUCAGUAGCAUCUGCAGCAGCUGAGGAGAGCAGUAGACCUGUCGCUACGUGGGGCGGAAUGUUUUCCAAGGCUGUGUCAUCGUUGCUGUUGCCCACGCAAGUCAGCGAAGUACUGGCUCAGGACCGAUCCUUCGCCACUGUGCAGCUGGCUCAGGGCGGCCUAAAGCACAUCUGUGCGUUGACCCGUGUUCAAAAGGAACCACGAUUGCUGAUUGCGUGUGAGGAUGGAUUCCUGUACGUGCACGAGUUUCCUGCGGAUCGGGGUGGUUUGUGCAAACUGCUGUCCGUCCAUGACUUGCGCGGAGCCCUGGAGGAUGUUAUAGAGCUUGAGCUGAGCGAAAGCGUGCAGAGGUCGCAGACCAAGCCUUCGAAUCCGUCAACUCUGACGCAGCCUUCGCUUACGAUGCUAAAGAGCUGUGCGGCCAGUGUGCUCAUCGAGAAUCCGGAUCCGAUGCAAGACAACAGCUACGCUGGCAUCCUGAAAGGGGACCAGACAGAUUCGAUGUCUGAUUCUGCCAAGUUUCGCAAGCUUUGCGAUGCCAUCGACACCCCAACAAAGCUUUACGAUGAGCGACAAUUUCCGCCAGUGGCAAUUACCGCUAAGGACUGACCACGUCGCCGUAGCAUCAAGGAUAUGGUCAUAGUUGAUAGACAACAGAUUAAUUAGCAACAUUAUAUUAUUCCCUUACGACAAGUCGACCCAAAAACUCGUGUUGACAUCUAUAUCUACCGAAACUUCCUUUAUGAAAUGAAAAUACUCGUUUGAAAAGUAUUUUAUUUUAUAUGAACCCU